AUGAACGAGAAUAUAUCGGUUAGCGUAAGAGCUAGACCAUUUAAUGAGAAAGAAGUUAAAGAUAAAGAACAUUGCCUUUGGCAAUUUGGAAAUAAUAAUACAAUUACAUCAUUACCACCACCAAUUACACAGCCAGUUUCUUCUUUACCACCAAUUUCAACACCAAUAAAAUCAUCAUCAUCAUCAUCAACAUCAACAUCAGCAGGAUCAUUAAAAACACCAUUAAAAACACCAUUAAAAACACCAUUAAAAACACCAUUAAAAACAAAUAGCACCACUACCAAUACAACAGUACCAGCAUCACCAGCACCAACAUCUUCAUUAACAUCAAAAUUUGUAUCAAAUUCAUAUACAUAUGAUCAUCUUUUUCCACCAACAUGUGAUAAUUAUGAAGUGUAUGAUACGGUUGCAAGAGAAUUAGUAAAGAGUGCAAUGGAGGGUUAUAAUGCAUCGAUUAUGGCAUAUGGUAUCACUAGUAGUGGUAAAACCUUUACAAUGACAGGUAGCGGUAAGAAGAAUCCUGGUAUUAUUCCUCUAUCAAUUCAGGAUAUUUUCACGUAUAUUCAAGAGUGCAAAGAGCGUGAAUUCCUUCUCAGAGUAUCCUAUUUAGAGAUUUACAAUGAGACUGUAAACGAUUUGUUGGGUGUGAAUCAAGAGAAUUUCAAUUUAAAAAUACACGAACAUCCAGUCACAGGUGUUUACGUCGCCGGUUUAAAAGAAGAGAUCGUUUUAUCGGUUGAACAUGUACUCUCAUUAAUAUCAGCAGGUGAAGCACAUAGACAUGUCGGUAGUACAUCAUACAAUUUACAAUCAUCACGUAGUCAUACCAUUUUCAAAAUGAUCAUUGAAAGUAAAGAGGUUUUACCAGAGGGGAGUGGUAGUGGUGGUCUAGAAUCACCCGUUAGAUAUAGUACAUUGAAUUUAAUAGAUUUAGCAGGUUCAGAGAAAGCAUCAGAGUCAACAAUUAGCGCAAUUAGAAAUAAAGAAGGUUCAUAUAUUAAUAAAUCAUUAUUGACACUUGGUACUGUGAUUUCAAAGUUAUCAGAGAAAGAUACUGGUUAUAUACCGUAUCGUGAUUCUAAAUUAACUAGAGUCUUGCAAAAUUCAUUAAGUGGUAAUUCUAGAGUUGCAAUCAUAUGUACGAUCACAUUAGCAUCAAACAAUUUCGAAGAGUCUCACAAUACAUUAAAAUUUGCAAGUAGAGCUAAAAAGAUAUCAAACAAUGCCAAGGUUAAUGAAAUUCUUGAUGAUAAAGCAUUAUUAAAACAAUAUAGAAAUGAAAUUGCUGAAUUAAAAUCAAAAUUAUCAGAUGCAUUAUCAACUGAAAAAGAAUUACAAGAGACUCUAACUGAAAAAGAAAAAAUGAAAAUAACCAAUCAAGAAUUGUUACAUAAAUUAGUUGAUGCUGAAAAACAUAGAUCAUUAUUAGAAUCAAAGAUUAAUAAUUUAAAUAAAUUAAUUUUAGUUUCAACUUCUGUUAAUAAUUCAGCUUCAAAAGGUGGUAGUGGUAGUGGUAAUGGUAAUGGUAGUAGAUCAACAUUUGUUUCACCAAGUCAAAAUAGUCAUCAUCAUCAUGGAGAUUUAGGUAGUAUUACACCAAAUUCAUUUAGUAAUUUAUUACUUCAAUCACCAAGUCAAAAUAACAACAACAAUUCACAUAUUUCACCAUUAUCACAAUCGACAAGUUCUUUAACAAUUGGUGGUGGUAGUGGCAAUGGUUUUGAAAGUAAUGAACUCAUUCAAAUUCAAAGUAAAAUGGCAAAAUUAGAAUUAGAACUUGAAGAAAAGAAUAAAAAGAUUGAUUUCCUAACAUCAUUUAAUCAAGAUAGUGCAUUAGAGAAAAUUAAACAAUUAGAAGGUGAAUUGGUACAACGUGAUAUGGAUUUGGGUUUAUAUCAAAGAGAAUCAACUCGUCUUCAAACUUUACUCUCUCAUAAAGAUGAGAAAAUUAGUUCUUUAGAAUCUAAAUUACGUGAUAUUUUAUUAAAAUUUAAACAAAUUGAUUCUGAAAAUACUUCAUUAAAAUCAAAAAUCCAAGAAUAUGAAGUUAUGUAUUAA